UACCGCUUAACGACGCCCCCGUUGGCCCCGCCCCCGGCGCUCCCCUCGGCGCUCUCGGCGGGCGCGGGGGGCGAUGGCGGCGGCGCCGCCUUGGGGGUCCGGGCGGGUCCGGCCCCUGUCCGCCCGCGGCUGGUACCUGUCCGCCCGCGAGCGGCGGCAGGAGGACGAGGACGAGGAGGAGGAGGACCGGGAGACCGCCCCGCUGCUGCCGCCGCCGCCGGGCAGCGUGCGUAGCUCUUCAAGUCCUGGUUCGUCCUUUGCUUUCUCAGUGUUUAACUUAAUGAAUGCAAUCAUGGGCAGUGGGAUACUUGGCUUAUCCUAUGCCAUGGCCAACACAGGGAUCAUGGGGUUUAGUAUCUUGCUGCUGAUUGUUGCCAGCCUCGCUUCUUACUCUGUGUUUCUUCUGCUCAGUAUGUGCACUCAGACUGCUGUCACUUCUUAUGAAGACCUUGGCCUUUUUGCAUUUGGAUCAACUGGAAGGGUCCUUGUUGCAACUACAAUAAUUAUCCAGAAUAUUGGAGCCAUGUCAUCUUAUCUGUUAAUUGUCAAGUCUGAACUUCCUGGGGCUGUUGCGGGGCUUUUGAGCGGAGCCGAGAGUGGGUCUUGGUACCUCGAUGGGAGACUGCUGCUGCUGCUUACUUCAGUCUGCAUUGUUUUUCCUCUUGCCCUUCUUCCUAAAAUUGGCUUUCUUGGCUACACAAGUAGUUUAUCAUUUUUCUUUACGGUGUACUUUACUCUUGUGGUUAUGAUUAAAAAAUGGUCGAUCCCUUGUCCUCUACCUCUGAGUAGUGCCAUGGAGACUUUACAGGUUUCAAAUUCUACUGGGGAUUGUAAAGCAAAGCUCUUUCAUCUUUCAAAAGAGAGUGCUUAUGCAAUACCAACUAUGGCCUUCUCUUUUCUGUGCCAUACCUCAGUCUUGCCAAUCUAUUGUGAGCUCCAAAGUCCAUCCAAAAGGAGAAUGCAGAAUGUAACUGUCACAGGAAUUGGUCUGAGUUUCCUAAUUUACUUUAUAUCUGCUCUCUUCGGGUACCUGACAUUUUAUGACAAAGUGGACUCUGAACUGCUGCAGGGUUACUCCAGGUACCUGCCCCACGACACCAUCAUCAUGACUGUGAGAGCAGCCAUCCUGUUUGCUGUGCUCCUGACAGUCCCUCUAAUCCAUUUCCCAGCAAGGAAAGCUGUGUUGAUGGUGUUUUUCUCUCACCUUCCUGCGUCAUGGAUUUGCCAUAUCCUUGUCACCUUAACACUCAAUGCAGUUGUUGUUCUGUUUGCAAUGUAUGUGCCAGACAUAAAAAAUGUAUUUGGAGUAGUUGGUUCAACCACAUCAACAUGUUUGCUUUUUGUAUAUCCUGGACUAUUUUAUCUUAAACUUAACAGAGAGGACUUUAUUUCACCACAGAAACUUGGGGCAUGUGCCUUGGUUAUUUUUGGCAUUUGUGUUGGCCUUCUCAGUUUGGUUCUAAUAAUUUUCAAUUGGGUUUAUCAAUAACAGCUAUUGACCCUGUCUGAACCGAGCUCCAGAAGGACAGCAAGAAGCAGAGAGGUGCCAGCACUGCUGCAGUGAGUGCUGGACAUCCUAAAGGAACACUGACCAAAGCUGCCAAGGAAGAAGUCAUGCUCUUUUCACCUCUGUUACUGAUGGUCCUUCUUUAAUCUGCAGUCACUCUUCAGUUACUGGACAAUUCAUCUUUGCCAUUCUAAAAUAAGAGUUUUUGAUGAUGUAAUAAUGACAGGUAAAAUGGUCUCAAGAAUUUCUGCAAUGCAAAAAUGGUUUAGGGCACAUGGUGAACAAAACAGAAACUUGAAAUAACUUGUCCUUUCAGAACAACAAGGUGAAUAGACAUUACAUCAGUCUUUUUUGCAUAAUGUGAUAUGUGCACAUAGGAUAGUGCACAUUGUCCUAAUCCUUGAAAGAUUUCUGUUGCUUGACUAAUUUCCAAAAUUUCAGCCAGUUCACAUUAAGAACUCGUUGAUUCCAAGUGUUUACCCUAAUUUAUCCUAAGAUGGAUCCAGAGACCAACUGCCUUAGCUCAGUUUAAUGGGCAUGUUGUGAUAAUAUUUGUUAAUUGUUUUUUAAAAUACAGGUGUUUUAUGUGAGCACACCUGAUAUAAUUUUUUAAUUAGCAGCCUUUGCCCCUCAAGCAUAAUAGCUUUUAGUAGCAUUUCAUUUUGGUGUUUUCAUUUUGCAGUUAAUAAUAGACAUUUUUCAAUUUAUAGCUACUUUGGAGUAGUACUCAAGGUACCUCAGUAUUCUUCCAAGUGAAAUACUCUUCUCUUUUUUUCUCUCAUUCCCAUUUUUAGAAAUCUUUCAGGUUUGAACUAAAGUGUUUCUAUAUUUUAUGUUCUUUUGUGUUUCAGAGAAGAUUUGGGCUUAAAAGAUGACAAUCUGCCUCUGUUGAAAACAAAGGGAAACUUUGCUUUUAUGGAACCUUAAUUUUACCUCAGAUGUCUGUGAACUUCCAUGUAGCCUUCUAUAAUUCCUUAUUUUUUAGCCCCCUGAAUGUGAAUGCAGUUUUCAACACCAGCUGAGCUUUGUUGGAAAUGGUAUUGGGUACCCACAAGAAAAGUUCCUCAUUUUCCUAGAUUGAAAGCAGUGGCUGAGACCAUGGGGAGGUUUUUAGCAUUUCCUUCUGUCAGGUGGGAUCUGAUGGCCCUAAAGUGGCCUUAUCUCUUCAGAGAUUUCAUACCCUAAGGAAGCAAAGGCUGAUUGAUCCUGUCCUGUCUAAUGGGCAGCAACAGCAAAUAGCAGAGUUGGAAUCACCUUCUCUGUUCCUGAUUUCUCAUGCCAACAGAUCACUUGGCUCUCUCAGGCUCCAGAAGUUACUAUUCAAUUUUUGAUGGAUGGCCUGAAGGCACCCAGGUGGUGCAGGUUAGUGCUGCUUCAGAAAUCCUUUUUCCUUGGAAGUAUCCUUCUACCUGGGAGUUUAAUUUAGAAAUAGACACGUGGUGAGGCCAGGGAGCUAACUCAGAAAUUUUGGUAGGAUCCCAAAGAAAAAGAUCCCUGGAAAAGACUGCAGUUAUUUUUAUAACAAAGUUUCUAGCAGAGGUUUCUUGACUCCAGGUGAGCCCUGUAAUAGUUUGGCAGUAGCAGAAACAGCACAUCCACUCUUGGCCAGGAGUUCCCAGCUCCUCUUGUGGCAGUGGCUCCUGGCAGCAUGAAAACCAAGCAGCAUGAAAACCCAGCAGAAAACCAAAGUGACCAUGGGAUGUGACAUUAUCUGCCUAAAAAAUGAACUUGCUUUUAUUCUUCCAAUUCAAACUCCUGCUAACCAGGUGCAGCUGCCUUCCUGCCUGUGGCUGCCCUUUGAUAGCUGAGUCUCCUGGGCUUUGUUACACUGCAGGGAUUCAUGGAAUCUCUGGCACUGUUGUAGAAAACUAAAUAUAUACCUUGUAAAAGUGUACCUUGAGUCAGCACUGAUAGCUGUACAUCAGGAAGUGAUUUUCUGUCUGACUGAACCAAAACUUUUUUGGAAAACAGGAGACCUUACAUUGAUGAGAAUGAACUCAGGGAUUUUUGACAGACACUAGAAUUUAGGGAGUAUAUUUAUUAGAAAUUUUAUGGAAAUUGUUUCUCAUUUAUUAUCUGCUCUUGUAGCAUACUGUUGAGUAGCACUGGUAGGUCAUUAGUGCAGUCACUUUUAUUUUAAGCUCUAACCAGUAAUGCUUAAGUCUGAACACUUAGAUUAUCUGUGAGGGGACAGAAAGUUGGCAAAGCUUUGCUGAGCUUUUGCUCUUCCCUCCUCUCCCUGAAAAAGCUGAGUCUCACCAUGCACUGUACUGCUCUGUUGCCCUGGGGCAGUUUGGUUUGUGUGCAUCAUCUUGAGAAUAUGACUGAGAAAAUACCUGAAAUACAGUGUUAAUUUUACAGUGGAUUCCUGUAGUGCUGCAGAAACCACUACAGUAUUGUUUUAAUCCUUGGGUAUUAUCCUAACUAGCCUGGCUGCUGACUGACUGACCUGAUAGGUGGACUUUGGAAUGAUGAAUUCCAGUGUGUGAAGUUAAUGAGGAUGAAUGGAAGCAAUUCACAGCUCUGCUGAGCUGUUAUUACAUUUUGGCUGCAGAAAGGAGAGCACAGGGGUUUACAGAAUGCCUGUUACCUUUCAUCUGGAAAAGAACUAGAAAUGCUGCUACUUCUGAGUUUCUGUAGUUCAUAACUUAAAAUAUGGAGAGAGGGGCAGAAAAAGAAUUUCUGUUCCCAAAUUUAGAAGAUAUGAGUGUUGUCCACAAUGAAAAACCAGAAUAAUUUAUCCUUCUCAUCCACCACAGCUGUGCUGUGCAAUGUGUCUCUCAAGGGCUUUUCUACAAUUGUGCACUUCCAUGAAGUUUUUGAGCAGAAGGGGCCUCCAGUGUGGAACUCUCAGUUCAUUUAAAUGCUGACAAAUAUUUUCUUCAUUAUUCUUGCAUACAGAUAUUUUUUCUUCCAAAUUUCCAGAUUUAUGAAUUUCAGUGUUUCUACUUUAUUGCCUGUCAUCAGCAUUUUCCAACCUUCUUCUCUGAAGACUUGACAGGAAUGGAUGCAGGGACCCACAGCAUUUCUGAACUCACUUGGAAAGGUUCCCUUUCCCCAGUUGAGCAGGAAGAACAAUGUGAGAGAUGAAAAUUAAUUGGUUGCCUUUGAUUUAUUUUCUCCUUUUCUCCUAUUUCCAUUCCUUGUCCAUUUGGAGGCUGCUCAAGUUUCAGCUGGGCUGUGGUAAGCUGGGUGUGAAGAGUGGUUUUUGUAACCAGCAUGGCAGGAAGGAGACUGCUAAACAACAGUGCUCAAAACUAGGACUGUUGUGGAACUCCUUUCCUAGUUAGAUUUCAUUUAACACUUCACCUGAGAUUGUUGUUUUCCAGUUGAUUUUGAUGUUGAAACCAUUCAUUGCAGUUGCUCUCCAUACAAAAAAAAAAAAAAACCUUUGGACAUGUUUACUCUUACUGCCAGUGGGAGAAAAUUUUUCAGUAUUAUAAAAGUGCUUUGUAAUUCCUGCAGUUUGUGGUGGUGGUCUUGGUAUUUGUGUGCUUCAGUAGUGUUCAUCCAGCCAUGCUUCAUGUGGAAAUGAAAUUCCCAAAAGAAAUUAAUAAUAAUGAUCUGGAUGUAAAAAUUUCCCAGCUCAUGUCAAACCUGUGUGUUGUACAACGGGUUUUCUGUUUUGAGUUCUCCUUGCCUCAGAGUCACUGUGGAACAGCCAGGGCACGUUCCAAAAAAAUGACCAGCAAAAAAUAAAGAACAGUUUACACUCUGCACA